AUGGGGAGCUUGUGGAGCACAGGACAUUUCGACACGACAAUGCGCCUUUCCUACGUUCUCUUUGCACUACUUGUCUUCAUCACUCUGAGAGUCGAGGCUAGCUUCUUCGGCCACCAUCAUCAUGGAUUCGGAUACUAUCCAGUCAUAGCUGCAGCAGCUCCUUUUUACUAUGCACAUUACCCUCUCUACUCCUACCACGGAUUUGGCUAUGGCGGUUUGAUUCCAUUUAAGAAUAGAAGGACAGCUGCUAAACACAGGAAACUUGAAUAA